CAAAAUUGCAUUAGAAGAUGCACUAUUUUCAAACUCCACCAUUUAUUUUAUGCAAAACCCAAAGGCCGAAUUUAAAUUGCUUCAACUGAAAAGGAGAAAGUAGACAACAAAAAAAAUUCUCUUGUCACAGGUUACCAGUUACAGAGCAGUAAUUAGCUAGGGGAAAACCGUGGUCUCUUCAAAUCGAUUCAAUGGUCAGAAUCUCUGGUUUUCGGUUGGUGCACCAUCCAUUGUCGAGGACGGAUGACAGAUUCUUUCUAUAGAAGGCAUACUCAGCAUGUGGAUGGAGAUAAUAAGUUAUCUUAGGUGACAAGGCAGGCAGUCAGAUGGCAUCAUUGCCAAUUAAACAUGGUAUUUUGAUUGGAUUGCAAGACUUGGAUCCGUCCUCGCCAUUCUUUACAGAAGGGACUUCACUUCGAGUCAUUGGCAAGUUGCAGGAAUACUGUGUGGACACUGCAGUUGCCGUGAUAGUGGAUGGAAAUGUGAGCCUAAGGAUAGACACCCAGCAUCUCAGGGAUGUCCACUUUCGUCUGGGCUCAUUCUACCAAUUCAUCGGAGAAUUGGUCAUCCAGCCAGAUAACAAUGCUAUUUUGCAGGCACGAGUUGGAAGGAAUGUGGAUGGCUUAGACCUCAACCUUUACAACCAGUCGUUGCAGCUCCGGCGUCAAUUUGAAGCCGACCAUAUGAGCCGGCACAAAACAACGUGAUAGUGUUGUUAAGGCGUACAGAUCUAUGGAUAUGCCAUUCCACUGCUUGGGUGGGCGGUCUUUAAUGAGGAAGUCAAUUUAAACAUUCAGUCAGGGAUUUUUUUAUCAUAUAUAGAAUGCUAACAAUGGCUAAAUGAAACCUAAACUCUUUUUGGGAACUGAACCUAAUUAACCGUGUCGUUAAACAUUUUGAAGGAUAUGUUUUUUGAAUUAAUCUUGAAUUAAGGUUGACUACCAUCUAUGAAUUCUCUGACCCUGUUCAUGCAGGUUUAUGCCUCAUUUUUAUUUGUUUGAAUUUAUGCAUGUAUGUCAGAAGUGUAAUGCUUGCUGAA